GUGAAUGUUAUUUGCAGGUCCGGCAUUGCGCAGUCUGUCAUUUGAAGAGCCCACACGUGAUCCUACUACAUGGUGUGGUGGCCCUCCUAGGGCUCCAGAUGUAUGGCUACCGCCACCAGAUAGGGACCCAGAUGACUGGCCACCUCCAACACCAGUUGAGCACAAGCCAGUACCCCAGAUCAAGACUCUGCGAAGUCCACGUGCAAGUAAGAAUGAAAUUGCUAAACCAAAUGCACGAUCUCAGAGAACAGCCGUCACGGGAAAGAGACCUGAUCCAAGGGCCGCCAAGAAGGAUGAGAAGUCCAAACCUAUGAAGAAAGAGGACAAGAAGGAAGAUAACAAGGAAAAAAGUGACAAAGAGAAAGAAGAAUUUGAAGAAGCGGAGAAGAGGUUCGAAGGUUCUUGGUACGAUCGUGAUCUGAUAGACAUGUUAGAGAGAGAUAUAGUCCGGAAGAAUCCUAACAUCCAUUGGGAUGAUAUCGCAGAUUUGCAUGAAGCCAAGAGGUUGCUUGAGGAGGCUGUUGUCCUUCCUAUGUGGAUGCCAGAUUACUUUAGGGGCAUUCGACGGCCGUGGAAAGGAGUGCUGAUGGUGGGUCCCCCAGGAACAGGAAAGACCAUGUUAGCCAAGGCUGUGGCCACUGAAUGUUGCACAACUUUCUUCAACGUUUCUUCUUCCACCCUCACUUCCAAGUAUCGGGGCGAGUCAGAGAAACUAGUCAGGCUGCUCUUCGAGAUGGUGAGUUUUAUUGGCCUGUGAUACACAGGAAUGGCU